UAUCAUGAGCUGAUAACUGCCUGGAUUUCAUGGUUUGCCUGCCUUUUACUUAAAAUGUAAUGUAUUUCACACCCAAAGAGCAACGUCAACAUGUGUUGGUAAGUCAUGAAUAAAUUCCCAUGAGAUGAAAUUUGAAACUUAACAGUAAACCUAACAAAGAGGCUGCACUCACAUCUCUCUGACUCCACCCCCUGACUGUUUGGUUCAGCAUGUGAGUGCAAGAGUGACUAAGCUCUCAGGAAAUCGAAACAGUUCUUCAGUGCUGCUGUAGUAGAGCAAUCAGACCACAGACCGAGAGACCAGAGAUGACUGAGCAAACAAAAUUUAGCCAAAUCUGAUUUCAGUUUCAGUUUUCUGCCAAAACAGAGUCAACAGGGACCAACAAGGAGCAUCCUAAGGACUGAACACCAAAUAGUAUUCAAGAAAAAACAAAUCAAGCAGUCUCAGGUUUUUGAAAACAUGUCUGACAAUAUGGACCCACAAGUUGUCUUUUGUGACAUGUGCACAGAGGAGGACAGGAAACCGGCACGAAAGACCUGCAUGAAGUGCGAGAUCUCCAUGUGCGUCCAGCAUCUCCAGAUCCACCUGACCACUCCUGUGUUACUGCAAACUCAUCCUCUGACUGAACCUAUGGCUUUAUGUGGGACCACUAAAUGCCCCCAACAUGGAAAACUCCUGGAGUACUACUGCUUGGAUGAUAUGACCUGUGUGUGUGUUUCCUGCGCCAUUGAAGACCAGCACCGCCUGCACAACAUGAAGACCUUCUCCACAGCCCACAAAGAGCUCAUGGAAAAGCUUGGUGCUGAGCAGCAGGCCUUACUGGUGAAAACUGAUGAUGAGAACGUGAGUCUGGAAAAGUGGGAGAAGAGUGAAAGAGAGAAGCUGGGCCGCUGUAGUGUGCGUCUCAUUGAGGCUGUGACUAACCUGCGAGACGUUUCCUUGACCAGUGUUCAGAGUUCAGUUUCUGCUCGUAUGGUGUCCAUCAAAACCAGCAAAAGCAGCAUACAGGCAGCACAGAAAGAGAAGGACUCCUUCAGAUUCUUGCAGAUGUAUUCUCAGGUACAUCAGGAUGUGGAGAAGGCCAAGGCCGCAGAUCUGAGAAAAGGGUUGGAGCCUGGCAGCGAUCGUGACAAACUGGUUGAGGAGAUCAGACAGGGUGGUGAAAAGAUGAUGAAGCAAGCAGACCAGUUCUGGUGUUCUUUGUUGACUCUGGUUGACCCUGAACACCACCAGGAGCUCAUUGCUACUGGUUCAGACCUGAUCUUUGACCCACAGACUUUGGGCCCUGGCAUGUCACUGUCCAGAGACCAAAGGAAGGUUUUCUACAAUAGUUGGAUGGGACAAUGCUCUGCUACUCUUCUAAUCUGUAGUAUCGAAUCAGUUCCCAACUUUCAGAGGUGGGUGGUCAAUCUUUCUGAAGACUGUGACUGGACCAUUGGAUUAUGUGACAAACAGUCUGUAAAGAACUUGAGGGAUGGAAAUGUCUAUGGACUGUGCUGCAAAGGAGACCAGCUCAGCUUUCUCACAACAGAGUAUGAUGAUUGUUCUGAUGCAUCAAUGCCCCAAACACCGUACAGGAUUUCCUCUCAAACAAUCACAUAUCAUGGCAAAAAUGUAGAUGAGUCCACACCACGACCUGAAACAGUUGAAGUGUUUUGGAACUUAGCGGCAUCCUCGCUGUCCUUCUUCAGCAGAAGUGGACAGCACCAGAGCGAAGAAAUACUCACAAUUAAGAUGAGCCUCAACAACAGUGACCUGGUCGCUUUUGUCCAACUGGGAAAGGAAAGUGACCAAACUAGCCUCCAGCAGCAUUGGAAGUGCUUGUGUGGGAAUGUUUACUACAAGACCAUCAAUGGGUACAGUAUGGGAAGGUAUCAGUACUCACACCAUGCUAAUUGUUCCUGUGGAGCAUUUAUUGGUGAACCGUACAUCACAGAGGUGAUUUGUGAGCUGCAGUAGUGGGUGGGAUGCAAUUAAUCAUUGCUAAUCAUUAUAAAUGUCAACAAGCGCAUAGCUACAAAUAUCUACAAUAAUAGCCUGUAUCUUGCUUUCACUGGAUGAUAAAUGUAAUUGAUUAGUUAAGUUGCUGUCAUUUGAAUAUAUAGUGCUAUCAGUGCAAAUAUCUCAGUAAUUAGCCCAUGCGUAUACAAAAUACACAUCAUACACAAUAGGUAAUAGAAUAUCUUCAGCUGAAUGUCUUUACAUUGUAGUAAUGUUGAUUAUUUUGUUUUACGGGUUGCUUUUAAUGUACUCAACUAAGUCAUUCUGUUUUUCCUGUAAUGUUUCUACUUCUGCUAGUUCAAGGUGUUUGUCUCCAUCUAGUGGUGGUGAAUGUGUCAUUGCUCUCACAUUGUACAGUAUCAUAGAAUAGUAGAUGGUCUAAUUAGGUCAGAAUGGCUACAAAGAAAUGUGUCUUUUGCAUGUUGUGAAUAAUCAGAUCAAAAAUAA